UGCACCGAAGAAGAGUGUAUGUUAAUGUUGAUAUUAGAGAUGAUUUCACUUCGCAUUAUAGGUUCUUGUCUGAACAAAGAGGACCGACGAGACGGUGUAUGAAACAGAAAUGCGGUAUUUGUUUUACAAAACUAUCACUACAAGUUUAGAGUCGUAGGCUGGGUUACAUCGUAUUCGUAAGGCUAACAUAGGCAGACGGCACCGGCGGAAGGGGCUACCUCUCGCACGCACCCCGCCGAGGACUUGAAGUAGCAACGCACAGUGAAAAAUAGGAGGAAAAAUCAAGCAUGGCUCCGGUCCUCAGUUCUUCUGAAACGGACCAAUCCCCAUCAGGCCCUGAAACGGACCAGUCUUCAUCAGACCCAGAACCCGAACUGUCUCCUGCGGACCUGGUGCGUCUGUGCCGGUUCCGGAGGGCGUCAGUGGUGCUGGUGGACUGCUGUAGAACUGAAGAACAGCCAGUGAAGGAGGAGGAGAACAACACAGAUGGAGAUCAGCCCAAGACCCGAAAUCUGCCGUUCUCUGGUUCCCAGUCCAGAAAGAAGCUCAAAACACACCUGCACGCUCUCACUGAAGAAAGGACACAGCAGUCCGCGGAGUGUGGAGAGAGUUCAACUGCCCAGUCAAGCUUCAAAGGUCCCCAGCGCACUCACAAAGGAGAGAAGCCAUACCAGUGUGGUCAGUGUAGCAAGCGUUUCAGCCGGGAGUCUAGUUUACAUAAACAUGUAUGCACCGGGGAGAGACCAUACCUCUGCACUCAGUGCGGCCAGAGCUUCAGUCGAGAGGAUCGUCUCAACUCACACCUGCGCACUCACACGGGAGAGAGGCCGUACCCAUGUGGCGAGUGUGGCCGCAAUUUCAUCGACGCUCGAAAACUCAGAAGACACCAGCGCAUGCACACGGGAGAGAGGCGACACAGCUGCACUCAGUGUGACAAGAGCUUCUUUGAAGCAGGACACCUCAAAAGUCACGAGCGCACUCACUCGGGAGAAAGACUGUACCUCUGCUCCGAGUGUGGCAAGACUUUCGCGACUCGGUCAAGCCUCAGCAUACACCAGCGCAUUCACACAGGGGUGAAACCAUACAGCUGCACUCAGUGUGGCAAGCGCUUCAGUCGAGAGGAUAAUUUAAAAACGCACUUAGGCACUCACACAGGAGAGAGACCGUACACCUGCCCCGAGUGUAGCAAGAGUUACACCCGAGAGGACAGUCUCAGAAUACACCAGCGAACUCACAUGGGAGGAAAGCCGUUCAGCUGCACUCAGUGUGGUGAGGCCUUCAGGCAGUACGGAGAUCUCAAAAAACACCGAAUCAUUCACAAGGAAGAGGGGCUGUUCCAUUGUCCGCAGUGCGACAUGAAGUUCCUUUACGUGGGGAAACUCCAAUCCCACUUGCGGACCCACACAGGAGAGAGACCGUACCAGUGCACUCAGUGUGACAAGACGUUUACUCUGAACGGAGAGCUCAAGAGACACCAGCGCAUCCACACAGGAGAGAGACCGUACCAGUGCACGCAGUGUGCCAGGAGCUUCAUCGAAGUGGGGAAACUGCGGAGACACGAGCGCACCCAUACUGGAGAGAGACCAUACGUGUGCGCUCAGUGUGGCAAGAGCUUCAUUCGUUUGGAUUAUCUUCAGAAACACCAACACACCCACACAGGAGGACACACCCCGUCCUCUUGACAUCGCCCAAACAACGCCAGCACACUCAACCGAUCCAGCGGACGAUUGACCACACUGACACUGAUUUUAGAAAAAAUGGCUCCGGUCCUCGGCUCUGAGGAGGACCAGUCCCCAUCAGACCCAGAACCGGACCAGUCCCCAUCAGACCCAGAACCGGAUCAGACUCCAUCAGACCCAGAACCAGAUCAGACUCCAUCAGACCCAGAACCAGACCAGUCCCCAAAAGACCCUGAAAUGGACCAGUCUUCAUCAGAAUCAGAAACAGACGAGUCUUCAUCAGAUCCAGAACCCGACCCAUCCCCUGCGGACCCAGAACCCGAGCUGUCCCCUGCGGACUCAGAACCUGAACUGUCCCCUGCGGACCUGGUGCGUCUGUGCCGGUUCCGGAGGGCGUCAGUGGUGCUGGUGGACUGCUGUAGAACUGAAGAACAGCCAGUGAAGGAGGAGGAGAACAACACAGAUGGAGAUCAGCCCAAGACCCGAACGCGUGCGUCCUACCGUUCCCGCCGUGGGAGGGGCUUCCCGAGUGCCGGAAAGCUGAAAUGCCACCAGCGCGACCAUCACAAAGGGAAAAGCUACAGAUGCGCCCGGUGCGCAAAGGCGUUCCCCGAGAAAGAGGCGCUCAAAGAGCACAGGCGUACGCACAGACCUCACCCGUGCUCGCAGUGCGGCAAGACCUUCACCUUCAGCGGAGAUCUCCGACGACACCAGCGCAUUCACACGGGCGAGCGGCCGUACACCUGCGACCACUGUGACAAGAGUUUCAUCGACCUGGGAAAACUGAAAAAACACCUGCGGACCCACACGGGAGAGAGACCAUUCCGCUGCGGCCAGUGCGACAAGAGCUUCACCGUUAACGGAGACCUCGUAAGACACACGCGCAUUCAUACAGGAGAGAGACCGUACAGCUGCGCGCUGUGUAGUGGGAAAUUCAUCGAUGCGGGAAAACUGAAGAAACACAUGCGCACGCACACCGGAGAGAGACCACACCACUGCGGCCAGUGUGGCAAGAGCUUCGCUCGGGCGGACACUCUCAAGAAGCACCAACAGGCCCACAAAGGAGAGAAACCAUACCUCUGCACGCAGUGCGGCAAGAGCUUCACGGCGCUGUCGAGCAUGAAGCUCCACCAGCAGAUUCACGCCGGGGAGAAACCAUACCUCUGCAACCAGUGCGGCAUGAGCUUCGGCCAGGAGGACAGCCUCAGGAAGCACGCGCGCACUCACACCGGAGAGAAGCCGUUCGAGUGCGAGGAGUGCGGCAAGCGCUUCGGCCGCAAGGACAGUCUCAAGCUGCACCAGCGCACGCACACAGGAGAGAAACCGCACCGCUGCUCCCUGUGUAGCAAGAGCUUCGCCCAGGUGGGCACGCUUGCGUCACACCUGCGCACGCACACAGGAGAGAAGCCGCACCGCUGCAACCAGUGUGACAAGGGCUUCACCAGAGAGACCUACCUCAGGCAACACCAGCGCACUCACAUUCACUUAUGAGUCUGCCUACACACACACACACACACACACACACAACCUCAGGCGACACCAGCGCACUCACAUUCAUAUAUGAGUCUGCCUACAUACGAGUCUGCCUACACAUACACACACAUGUUUUUUUUACCUUAUAGGAGUUUUUUUGAAGAGACUGUUUUUCAUUUACGGUGGAAUGUUGAUUGCGGAUUUAACAUUAAUAAUCCUGUCCAAAAUGAUGCAUAAAGAUAAAGGUUUUGUUUGUGUUUGUGACCUGUUCAAGAUAUGUGCUGUAACAAUCAUGCUUUGAAAUUGCCAUGUUUUUUUCUGUUGAUCUUAUGUCAUAUUUGUAAGUCUCACACUGUCCAUAUCUUUCCAUAAAACUUGCCGGAAGUCAUAAUUU